UCCCUGUGUGGAUAGCAGGGGUAAAACAAUAAGCCGGAGCGACCACACAACCUCCAAUCUCUGGUUUACAGCACAGUUAUAAAGAGUAGUGUGGAAAAUAUCACCUUUCGUACCCGGGUUGUAUUUAAAUUCAGGCAGAUCACAUCCCAACAGCAGCUAUUUAUUAUAAACUCAUCUGUCUACGUAGAUAGGUCCUUCACAAGCACUUAAUAUUGUUUACCAAAGAAAUGGUGAUGGAGAAGCCAAGUCCCCUGCUUGUAGGGCGGGAGUUUGUGAGGCAGUAUUACACACUGUUAAACAAGGCGCCUGAUUUCCUGCACAGAUUUUAUGGACGUAAUUCUUCCUAUGUUCAUGGAGGCCUGGAUCCCAGUGGAAAAUUGGCUGAAGCAGUUUAUGGACAAGCUGAAAUCCACAAGAAGGUGAUGUCCCUGCAGUUCAGUGAAUGCCACACAAAAAUCAGGCAUGUGGACGCUCACGCCACUCUGAGCGAUGGCGUCGUGGUGCAGGUGCUCGGGGAGCUGUCCAACAACGGUCAGCCCAUGAGGAAGUUCAUGCAGACGUUUGUCCUGGCUCCAGAGGGUUCGGUGGCAAACAAGUUCUACGUCCACAAUGACAUUUUCCGGUAUGAGGAUGAAGUGUUUGGAGACUCCGAGGCUGAGCUUGAUGAAGAAUCUGAGGAGGAGGUUGAAGAGGAGCCGGAGGAGAGACAGCCUUCCCCUGAGCCCCUUCAGGAGAGUCCAAACAGCAGCACCUACUAUGAACCUCACCCCGUCACUAAUGGUGUGGAGGAGCCCAUGGAAGAGCCAACAGCAGAACCUGAGCCAGAGCCCGAACCAGAGCCCAAAGCUGAAGAAACGAAAGUUGAAACCGACGAGAAGGUUUUGGAUGAGCUGGAAGAGAAGGCUCCAUCACCAGCCCCCGUGGAGUCUCCCCCACACACCCAGGAACCACCCAAAGCUUUCUCCUGGGCUUCAGUUACCAGUAAGAACUUGCCUCCCACCGGACCCGUCACCACCCCUGGAAUCUCCCCACAUGUCGUUAAAGCUCCGAGCUCACAGCCACGACUUGAAGCCAAACAGGAGAGCCAGUCUGCCCCUCUUCGGCCGAGAGACCAGCGCACCCGCGACAGACCAACCUUCACUUCUCGUGGUCCCAGGCCAGAUGGUGUUGCAUCGUCUGACUCUCAACCAGGAAAACCACAUUUGAGUUUUGUAAACAAAGGUGGGCGAGGAGAGGAAGCUGGAGACAUGGACAGCAGACGAAUGGUGCGAUACCCCGACAGUCACCAGCUUUUUGUUGGAAAUCUCCCACACGACAUCGAUGAAAGUGAACUGAAGGACUUUUUCAUGACAUUUGGAAAUGUCGUGGAACUGCGGAUCAACACGAAGGGCGUGGGUGGAAAACUGCCCAACUUUGGAUUUGUGGUUUUCGACGACUCUGAACCGGUGCAAAGAAUCCUGGGGGCCAAGGUAGACGGGCCCAUCAUGUUCCGUGGCGAGGUGCGUCUGAAUGUGGAGGAGAAGAAGACGAGGGCGGUGCGUGAGCGUGAGACGCGCGGCGGUGACGACCGGAGGGACAUGCGGCGCAGUGAGCGUGGGCCUGGCGCUGCCCGGGGCGUGGCGGGCAGCGGGAUGAUGAGGGAGCGUGAGGGCAGGGGGCAGGCUCCUCGAGGAGGCCUGGCUCCUAAACCCGGCAUGGGCUCUGGCCGAGGCUCCGGGGGGCAGGGCGACGGGCGCUUUGCCACCCAGCGGCGUUAGGAACGGCGCCACCUGCAGUGCGGAUGUAGUACCGUGUUCUUCAUCCUCAGUCGUUCUCAAUAACGAAAAGAAAUCUUCAUGUACAAACGUAUAUUUGUUUCUGUUUUUUGUUUACGUUUUUGUUCCCUCCUUGCUUUGGAAUGUGACUGUCCACUAUUGUUUGUCAAAUAGACGAAACAAAAUAAGCAAACACAUUUUUUGCUUUAGUUGUGAGCUGAGCAUCCUUUUCAGGUAUCUCAAGAAUUUCACAGACUUUUAAUUUGUAAAUUUGUGAACAAGGCAAACCAACCAGGAGUAAUCUGCCACAUUAGAAGGGACUGAUAAAACUCGUUUGAAACUUGUCUGAUAAUUCAGCCCAUCAUUUGGAUCAGAGAUUAUAUGCCUAUGUCUAACUGGGGCGCUGCUUCACAAAAUCCCACUAUUGCACAUUUUCUAUGGUAGUUUUCCGGCCUCUGUCGGAAAAAAGAACGAGAUGCAAAAAUUGUGCAGAUCCGGGGAAAAUCUUGCCUUUUACAUUUUUCCUUAUGAGAGACCACUGCUUGAAAUUUGCAUAAGGCACUCAUCAAUAUGCACUAAUGGGUACUUUUUGUCGUAUUACAUUGAAAUCCAUGUUUGGAACGCAGCUGGAGGGACGCAGUCGUCUCUAAACUCACGACUCAUUGGGGCAGGCCUCAUUCACAGCCUGUCUGCUGUGACAAUGUACUUUUCACUCUUUGACCCAAAAGUACUCUACAAUUUCUGCUGGAUGGACAAGAUCACAAGCAAAUUAACAUCAUAUUUUUUCCUCGUUUAUACCUGAAUAAAAGCCCAGAUUCUGGACUUUCACCAAAUGUUUGAGGAAUGAACUGUGUAGAAACAAAAGUGUACAAUUACAAGUAGUGGUAAGGACCGUGGCUUUUUGAGUUUUUUUUCCCAAAAUUUCUUUUUUCCUGACCAGCUAGAAAGCAAAAUGGACGAUUGGACGGACAGCGGCCUCUUCCCUCUCGUCAUUCCUCCAUCAAGUGCAGAGAAAAAGAAUAAAUGUACAGUAACAAAUUCAUAGUUUACGCUUUUGAUUUGUUUGUAAAUUUUACAUUUGUCAACUUGAUAAAAGCAUGAUGGUGCCUUCUAUUCACCCUUUUGAGUCUACAGCUCUGCAGCUCUGGGCUCGCCUCCUAAUAUUGAACUAUAACUUACUGGGAGCAGAUGGAAUAAUCCUCAGUAUUCACAAGAUAGAAAUUCUUUCUUUUCAGGUGCAUAUUUCAUGUUUCAUACUGUUUUACUACCUAAGAGAAUCUGCUGUGAUUUUUGUACAUUUGUUUUGUAUGGUGCGUGUCUGUUCUGGGUUUUGUAGACACUAUAGGUGCCUCGCGUUCUGUUAAAUGGUUACGAGGGUUCAGAAUUAAUCACAAAAAGGUACAUUAAAGACCGUGACUUUCAAUCGCUUGGUCCUUGGUUUGACACACAGCCGUGCUCAGUUAAUCUGGAUGCAAAAACUCAAAAAAAAAAAAAAAAAAAAAACGCUUUACGCUGCGACGUUCUUGAUCUUAACCAUGCUUUACUCAUUCUAUUGCAGUUCUUAAAGACGCACCGUGUAACUUUUCUGGUGGAAGGUCUGCCUGUUGCUACCUGCUUGUCUCCAUGGAGAUGUUGUUGCUUGGCCUGGAAUGUCCCAGUGUGGCAUUAAACAUAAUAUCCAGCUUGCAUUUACUCAGUAACAUGGGUUGUUGUUGUUGACUUGCAUUCUUGCUGUGAGUGUGGCGUCGCCUGCCGUCUCCAUAGAGAUAAAUAAGUGUAAUGACAUACUGUGGAACAUUCUAGGCCACAUCACCAUUAGGGCUGGUAGGAAUGUAACAAUAACUGAAGUAUCGUGAUAUCGUAUCGUCAGAGUUCUCAUAGUAAUAUUGUGGGCCAUCACAAUAUAUUGAAUUACAAGCCUUUUUGCUUAAAUUAAGUUAUGGUAAAGACAAAGGGAACUACAUAGACCAUGAUCCUUUGCUCCAUUUCAGUGUAGACUACAAGAAGAAAUAACAGUUCUAAGCACUUUUAAGUCUUGUCAAGGCAUUUUAAGAAGAAAAAGUAGCAUAAUAACAGUUUUGUUAGCCUCCAAAAAAUACCACAAAUAGCCUACCGUGAGAUGUAUAUUGUAAAAAUAUUGCGUAAAUAUCAUAAGAGAUUUGGAUAUUGUAACAUCUCUAAUUGUGAGCUUUCCCACGAUAUCGCAACAAAUAUCGUACCGUGAGGUUCAUACCGUGACGAUAUCGUAUCAUGAGACUUGGAUAUCGUUACAUCUCUAAGGGCUGGGUAUCUUUAAGAAGUCACCGAUACGAUACAUACCUCGAUACAUAGGCUGCAAUAUGACACGCACUUACGAUUCAAUAUGAUAUAUUUCAAAUCGAUUUGAUACGAAAUAAAGGCUAAAUCAUGGCUGUGAUACUAAAAGUCUUUGUUAAAGCACUAAUAUAAUAUGAAACACACCCAUUUUAAUCCUCAAAACAGUGAAUAUAUUUCCUUCCACUAAACAAGCAACAAAACUGUUUCACUGUAACAAAAUAAUUUAGUAAAAUAUACCAAAAAAAUACUCUUGGCGAUAUAUCGAUACAGCAGCCCACGAUAUCAAUCCUGCAUCAUCACAUUAAACGAUACGAUAUAGUGAUAUUUCAAUAUUUUUGCACACCCCUAAUCACCAUGGAGAGAGGCAGGUGACGGACCCUCUGCCAGAAAAAUUGCACAGUGCACCUUUAGUUAAAACGAUCCCAGGAUGUAAACUGCCCACGUUUGUAAGACAUGGACCUAACCAAUGUCCCAGCUGCAGAAGGCAAUUAAUUUUGUAAUGGUUAAUGAAUCUGUAUUUUCAUAUAUGCUGUUCAUUGUGCUAUGUUUUGUUUAUUUCCACUAUUUUAGGCAAGUUUAAUUUGUUUGCCAAAGUAUAAGUCCACUGACGUUUACCACUUGGUAGGGAGGGAAGACCUCAGUCUCAGCUGGAAAGGAAAAAAGAAAAGCUUUGUCGUCUUGCACUGAAAUGGUUUUGUGGAUGUAGCAUUUUUUUCUGGACAAAUACACUCAUGAGGUCUUCCUUGUCUGGUGGUGUUGCACUAUUACCAACUGGGACAAUCUUUUCUGUUUUUGAGACUUUCCAAAAAAAAAAACAAAAAAAAAAAGAACAA